UCGGACCGGAGGGGGCGCAUGCGCGGCUGCGCAGUGAGGCGGCGGAGCGCCGUGGAAGCGCCGGUACCGGACGCAGGAGCAGCAAUGGGUUGGCCCCAACAAAGAUAUAAUAGGUGUUGGGAGAAGACAUCUUAUCUGAAAUGGAGGUGAUUGAAGGAGCUGAACACUGACUGCACCARCAUGGGGCUGCGACUGCUGGCUUGUCUUUUCCAUUUGCCCACUGCUGUGAUCUACGGGUCCCUGUCGCUCUUUGUUUCCAUUUUGCACAAUGUGUUCCUCCUAUACUACGUGGACACCUUCGUCUCUGUUUACAAGAUUGAUAAACUGUCCUUUUGGAUAGGAGAGACAGUGUUUCUGAUCUGGAACAGCCUCAAUGACCCUCUCUUUGGCUGGCUGAGCGACCGAGUGUUCCUUAGCGCACAGCAGGCAGGAGCAGAGAUUUCCUCCCCUGAAGUAGUUCUGAAGAGGCUCAGAGCACUAAGCCACAAUGGCCCCCUGUUUGCCAUUUCUUUCCUGGCUUUCUGGGUUGCUUGGGCUCAUCCUGGUUUGCAGUUCCUCCUUUGCCUUUGCAUGUACGACAGCUUUCUCACCAUGGUCGACCUYCAUCACAAUGCCUUGCUCGCAGACCUGGCUGUUUCAGCAAAAGACAGGACUAGCCUCAACUUCUAUUGCUCCCUCUUCAGUGCCAUAGGCUCCCUGUCUGUCUUCAUGUCCUAUGCAGUGUGGAACAAGGAGGACUUCUUUUCCUUUCGCAUAUUUUGCGUCCUGCUGGCCCUUUGCUCCAUCGUUGGUUUCACCCUGUCCACACAAAUGCUCCGCCAGAGGUUUCAGACUGAUGGGAAAGCAAAAUGGGACCAGGAAUCAACCCUAAAAGAGCUGUACAUUGAGAAACUSUCCGUCCCCCAGGAGAAGCGGAUCACCCUGGCAGAGUAUCUCCAGCAGCUCUCCAGGCACCGCAACUUCCUCUGGUUUGUCUGCAUGAAUCUCAUCCAGGUUUUUCACUGCCAUUUUAACAGCAACUUCUUCCCUCUAUUCCUGGAGCACCUGCUGUCAGACCAGAUCUCUGUCUCUACUGGAUCCUUCCUGCUUGGUGUUUCCUACAUUGCCCCCCACCUCAACAACCUCUACUUCCUGUCGCUCUGCCGCCGCUGUGGGGUUUAUGCUGUGGUGCGAGGACUUUUCUUCCUGAAGCUGGCUCUGAGUGUUGUCAUGCUCCUGGCAGGACCUGAUCAAGUGUAUCUGCUCUGCAUCUUCAUUGCCAGCAACCGUGUGUUCACAGAAGGGACCUGUAAGUUGCUCAACCUCGUGGUCACUGACUUGGUGGAUGAGGAUCUAGUCCUGAACCGUAGGAAGCAGGCAGCCUCAGCCCUGCUCUUUGGGAUGGUGGCUCUGGUCACUAAGCCAGGCCAGACCUUCGCCCCUCUGAUCGGCACCUGGCUGCUCUGUGCAUACACAGGCUACGACAUCUUCCAGCGCAACCCCUUGAACAAUGUGGUGAGUGCCCAGCCAAGGCUGGAGUCUGCCACGGCCUUGGAGCCAACUCUUCGCCAGGGCUGCUUUUACCUCCUCGUCUUUGUCCCCAUCACGUGUGCACUGCUGCAGCUUCUCAGCUGGUCACAGUUCACCCUGCACGGGAAGAGGCUGCAGAUGGUGAAGGCUCAGCGGCAGAGCCUGACACAAGGYCAAGCACUAGAGGUCAAAACAAUCUAAGGGUGCCUGAGCUCCUGAGGUGGUGUUGGUUCCAGGCUGGUGCUGGAGGGCAGGCGAAAGGCAGCGAUGGUGGGCUGAGAGAGCCUAAUAUUUGCAGUUUAUCUGUGAAAUGCUGUGAUGGCAAUGUUUACUCAUUCCAGGUGGUGGUCACUGGGAAAGGCAGAGAAGUUCAGUCUUGUGAGGAGCCUGGGAUAGAUUGCUUGGUCUCAGGAGCAAGAACAUUUUAUCCCAGCCUGUCCCAGGGAGCAGAGCUGCUCAUUCCAGCAAGGAGGUGCUAGAAACAGACAUAUCCCCAAUGCAAUUCUCUGCCCUGGGCAUGUCCCUGAGGAGCCACAGCCUUUACAGCUGAGCAAGAGACUGCAGUGGGAAUCUUUCCUUCUUUCCUAGAGCCUUGCAGUCCAGGGGAAUGGAGUGGGAGGCUCUUGAGGGACCAAGGGAAUGAAUGCCAAACAGGAGCAGGCAUGAGAGGACCCUGAAGGCCUUUCCCAGUAACUGGUACAAGCCACCCAAGUACAGUGCUAYGGUUCUUGGACCAAAUCCACUCUUAAACGUUUGUUGUUCCCAGGACAAUAUCCUGCACAGCCAGGAUCUGCUGGGUGUGCUGGUUUUGCCGAGGUUCCCUCCUCUGUGGCCUUGUAGAGGGAGUUGUUGCUGGCCUGAGAAAGGUGCUGGGCUUAAAUUGAGUUCAGAGCCUUGAUCUGGAUCAUUUCAAUGGGCAUCCCAUUGCAUGCACUUAUCCCUCCUUCUCUCCAGAGUCCCUUUUAUUCAGUGCUGUCACACARCUGUACCAUCAGCCCCUUCAAAUAAUGGGCAAGGUCAGGGAACCAACACCUAAUCCAGCCACUGGAAGUGCCUCCCUGCCCAGGGCCAUCCCAGGUGACUUGGUGAGGCAGCCCGGCCCGGCCCUCCCCUCUUGCAGGAGAGCACRGCCUGGAGGAGACACCAGGUCUUGCUUUUGUGCCUUUACUUCCUCGUUGGAGCCUGUUUGACACACUGYUGGGCAGUCACAGGGUUGGGAUUUUACCCCUGUGGGGAGUGGCAGACCCUUUAGGUCCUCCUCACUUGAAACAGUUCCCCAGAGUUAGAUCAUCUCACCUGCCUGCUGAGCCASGGACCCGAGGAGAGCAGGUGCUUUGGUCUCCCUGGUUUUGGCUGUGAGCAGAUGGGCAGGUGAUGACCAAAGGGGUCCCUGAGGCAAGCGACUCCUUAAUCUCUGUGAUGUGUAUGGGGGCUGGCAAAAGGAAUGUGCCAAGGCCUGUGACUGCCUAUUACAAGAGGGAGGGUUGGCAGGCAGCAUUUGGUAGCUGUUGCACGUGGAGGGAUGUGCUGUUCUUUGUUUAGUGCCAGGUUCCCUCUGGGGUCUCAGCCCACCAGCCUGCCAUCUUGCCUCCGGACACGGCUGCCUUCUGUCUUGGACCAAGACAUUCCAUGAGACUGCUGUAGUUCUUAAUGGUUCAAUCAUAAGUUAUUUGUGCAACUUCUAACCAAGUUUGAGAAUGAUUCUCCAUUUCAUAAAUUAAAGAUGAUCUUUUUCUGAACUGCUUGAUUGUU